GGAGAGAAAGAGACACCUGACCGUUGGCGGUGGCGCAUUGGGAACAACCCAAAUUGAUCGGCGGCAACUGAGACCCAAUUGCUCAGUCCCUAAAUUUCUAUACUUCCCGAAAUUCGAACGAAUUCAAUCAAUCAAAUUCAACCCACUUUACUUUUUUUUUUUUUGAUUGAUACUUUUCCAAUUUCAAGAUCUCACUUCAGUCUUCUCUUCUUCCCUCAGGACAAGAUAAGUAUGCAUGGUACUGGAAAGAAAGUAACUGACCAGGAAUCUGAAAAAUCCGGUUCUUCUAAGAUACGAGGUGGAUCUCAAACAAUUGCAGCAUUAUGGUUUAAGAAAGGAAGCAAAAUAUCCAAUAGCAAAGUGCAUAAAGCAAAAUCUCAUGUCAAGAAAAUUCGUUCAACCCUAUUGAAGAGGAAAGGUGCUGGUUCUUCGUCCAAGGUGGCUAGGAAUGAUGGCUCUAGUUGUAGAAAAGGGAAUAAUAAGGCAAUUUUGCAUAAAACACAUAAGAAAAAGUCUACCAAGAAGCAGGAUCCUGUAAAGGUUCAAGAAAAUGAUUUGCGUGGUAAUUCUGAUGGGAAUGAGGAAAAUGUCAAAAAAGAUGUUAAAAUUAGAAAACUAAGGAAGAAGAGGAAGAGGCAAAAGGAUAAAGUGGAGCUAGAUGAAGCUUCGAGGUUGCAAAGGAGAACAAGGUAUCUUUUAAUUAAAAUGAAGCUGGAGCAGAAUCUUAUUGAUGCUUACUCUGGAGAAGGAUGGAAAGGUCAAAGUCGGGAAAAGAUAAGGCCAGAAAAGGAAUUGCUGAGAGCCAAAAAGCAAAUACUGAAGUGCAAGCUUGGAAUACGUGAUGCAAUUCACCAGUUGGAUUUACUUAGUUCAGUAGGAAGCAUCGAAGACUCAGUUAUUGCAUCUGAUGGAUCUGUUCACCACGAACAUAUUUUUUGUGCAAAGUGCAAGUUGCGCGAAGCUUUUCCAGAUAAUGAUAUUGUACUAUGUGAUGGAACAUGCAACCGUGCCUUCCAUCAGAAAUGCCUUGAUCCUCCACUGGACACUGAAAAUAUACCUCCGGGAGAACAGGGCUGGUUUUGCAAAUUUUGUGAGUGCAAGAUGGAAAUUAUAGAAGCAAUGAAUGCACAUAUUGGAACACACUUCUCUGUUGACAGCAAUUGGCAGGAUAUUUUUAAGGAAGAAGCUGCUUUUCCUGAUGGUAGCGUUACAUUAUUAAAUACAGAGGAGGAAUGGCCAUCAGAUGAUUCAGAAGAUGAUGAUUAUGAUCCAGAGAGAAGAGAAAACAGUCAUGGCUCAAGUGGAGCUGGCACUGAUAAUGAUGCAUCUGAUGAUACUGGCAGUUCAACAAGCUUGAGCUGGUCUUUUGAUGGUGAAGUUUUUUCAGGAUCUGGCAGGUGUGAGAGGAAAGGCCCGGAUUUUGAAAAUCACUCAGCUGACAGUGGAGUGGUUUCUGAUGAAACCAGUGAUGGGGAAGUUCUAUGUGGCCGUAGGAGGAGAAGUGCAGUUGAUUACAAGAAGUUAUAUGCUGAAAUGUUUGGAAAGGAUGCUCCUCCUUAUGAGCAAGUCAGUGAGGAUGAAGACUGGGGUCCUGGUAGAAGAAAGCGCAGAGAAAAAGAGUCAGAUGCUGUUAACACCCUUAUGACUCUUUAUGAAAGUGAGACAAAAUGCUCAAAUGUUGAAAUUGAAGAAGUAAGGGAAGAACUCCCUUCAGACCCUAAAAGCAGAAGGCCAAUAUUCAGACUUCCUCCUGCAGCAGUGGAGAAACUCCGCCAGGUGUUUGCUGAGAAUGAACUUCCUUCUAGAACUAUCCGGGAUAGUCUUUCACAAGAGUUGGGUCUUGAACCUGAAAAGGUAAACAAAUGGUUCAAAAACGCUCGUUACUUGGCACUGAAAAGUAGAAAGGUUGGGGGAACAAAACAACUCCAUAGCUCUGCUACUCCCAGCAAAUCUGGACUGGAAGCUGGAAAAACGCAAACUGCAGAUGCCAAGGCAUUAGAAGAUGCAUCUCAAGAAACCGUGUUACAUGCACCAAUGACUCCGGAAAAGAUAAGAAAGAGUCCCCAGCCAUUCGAGAGCACCUUAAAGACAAAUACAAAUAAUGGAGAUUCACCUGCAAAUAGCAAUAAGGAGUUUGGAGAUGAUGUGAUAUUGAAGAAGCUUUUAAAGGCGAAGAAGAGAGAGAAGAAAAAGAAGAGGGUCAACCUAGUAGCCCGAGAUGGAUUACAAGAAUUUGAAGCAGAGAUGGAGAGACUUUGUAAGGCCAAGCUUAGAUUAGAGAAUAUGAAGCAGACAUUAUUAAGACAUGGAGUUGGCAAAACUAAGAAGUUGCAUAAACGCCAUUUACUCCAUCAAGAAUCUGUUAUUUAUGUUCCCAUUGCAGAGCUGAAGGAGAAGGUUUGAUCCUGUUUUAUCCUUUGACUGAACCUCUCUUUCUUUGUAUUUGGAAUUAGAUGAAAAUGAAAUUAAUCUCAUUUC